GCUGAGUCGUGUUGACUGAGUAUUACUACAAUAAACAGCUUCAACGUUGUAUUUUUCUCCAUAUUCUUUCACCGAGUUACCACCGCGACUGAUCGAGGUUCAAUCAGCAAAUACGAAACACACACACGCAGAGAUAGAACCAUAGCUUCCGAAGGCAUUGCGUGAAAGUGGAGCUUGCUGUUGGCGUCAACAUGCAAUAAGUGAAAACUGCAUCGACAGUCCUUUCCAACUGCCUUUUUCCCUUCUGUCCUUUCAAAAACUCUCUCUCUAUAUAUUUUUAAUUCUAUUGAAACUUACCAAAACCGCAUUCUUCAACCCAGCCAACUGCUGACAGUUAUUCGAAGAACAGCGCUCUCGCGCGCGUCUUUUUGUGUUUGUACGCAAGCCCGCAGACGAAGAAAGACGACGUUACUGUGAAGUUAACGAAAGGAGUUACAGAAGCUUUUUUUUUCGUCUUGAAGUCGUCGCGAAAUAAAGCGUGGGGCAUCAUUUGUUCUUUGGAAUGUUUUCUUACCUCUGACCAACGUGUAUCUUAAACGUAGACUUUAACGCACGCUGUUGCAUUCUUUCUUUUUUUUUCUCUUUUUUAGAAGAUUGCCUUCUCCACGAAGGCAUAACACAUUCACUUGCCCGGAUUUCGAGCUGCUGCUCGGCGUUUUGUAUAAACCCUUCUUCUUUUGCUGUACGUCUCACGUUGUGCGGCGCUCCCCGCUGCUGUAUUUCUGUUUAACUUUUUCUACACUACCUUCCUCUUAGAUUUUACACACACACACGCACACACACACAUAUAUAUUGAACGUUUUCCACUGUGUGGGCGUGCCUGCGUGUGUGUGUGUGUGACAACAACUCUUUUUUCUCCCUGCUUUCGUGUAAUUCUAGUGCUGCAAGUUGCUCCUCUGUCAGUCCUGCGUGUGAUCUUGUUGUCUUUUUCCUUGUAGAAUUCCUUUUUUUUUGUACUCACCAUAAAGACACUUCUAAUCGUAUCUUGUUGCGUGUGUGUGGGUGUGUGCAGUUCGACAUCAUGCUCAAGAGCUCGUUGAAAGCGCCCAGCAGUAUCGACCAUGACCUCUUUCCGCUGCUGACGGUGCGGAGCUGCGUGAGCGAGGCGGAUGAGAGCAAAAACGGUCCGCGCUUCUGCGCAGAGGAUAAGAUGACGGGGGCGGCGUACGAGGUGCGAAGUCGGAAGCUGGAGCUCGUACGCGAGCCUGUGGAUGAUGCUGCCGAAGAGAAACAGCGAGAGCAACCGCACGAGGGACAACUUCUGUCGUUGUCCAAUUUGCAAAGAAUUCGGCGGCAGCAGGCACGCAUUGACGCGUUGCUUUCAGCCGUCGCGCAGGCCGCGGCCACGCCGUCCGUUGCGUUGCCCAUUGACAUCUACAUCCAGGAACAACCAACCACCGGCGACACCUACGUCGCGAGCGUGGAGGCCUUCGCGGGGCUCUCUCUCGGUGAUAUCAUUCGCUCUGGCUGGGGCGUGAUGGAGGAGCAGGUGUUCUUGGAAAUUUUGAGCGCCGUCGAAUCCUUUGGCUACGCCAGUGCCGGUUUGCCACCCCACGGCAACCUCAGCGUGGACGCCAUUAAACAGCUGUUGAUUGUGCGCGACGGCGCCUCCGAGGCACGGCAGCCUUCGCGGUGGGUCGUGAGCGACUGGCUGUUGCUGAGCGAUGACGACAAUCUCCGCGGCGGCACUUUUGGCGUGUCUGACGUCGAGUCUUUUAUUGCAGAUUUGGAGUGGAUGCUGCAUUCUUCGUUUGCCCAGCUGCGCAUCUCGACCGCGGCCGAUGGAGCCUACCUCGCAGCGGCGCAGGUGGAGGACGUCAUCAACGAAACGGUGGAGCGCAUUCGCUCCUCUUUAAUGCUCCCGGCAUCGCAGAGUGCUGCUGCUGCUGCUGCUGCUCCUGCCACCACUUCCGUCGGUGAAGAUGGACCGAGCACUUGCAAUGCCGAAUCCGAAGACGAGACGCAGAAAGCGGACGAGGCGACUCCCGAUCUUGCGACAACGAAAGGCGAAACACACGACGCAAAAUUCGCUCCUUCGUUGACAGCGCCCGCCGCGCAUCCCGAAACUUUAACUUCACCCAUGGAGACUCUACCGGCAAAGACGUCAGCAAGUGGCAGCGAACUGCACAACGGUGUGCGCCUAACUCGAAUUAGUGCUCGACAACUCCACGGCGUCGAUUCCAACAGCAACGGCGUGACGGCUGUGAAGGAUACGACUCGAAAUAUGACGUUGAAGGAUAAGAUGGCCUAUCACCAAGCGGCUCUGCGCGACGAGCAGAUGCUGGUCAACCGACAUCGUCGCAAGAACGCCCCGUUGCCUCCACGGCCCACGCCCGCGGUGCACUCCGGAAGGAAAGCCGCUACCGCCUUCUCGCCCAGGUCCCCCGCAGACGAGGACGACGUGUACUACGACGCCCCCUCGAUGGGCAUGCCGAUCCACGUGAAGCCGAGUGCAUACUUAAUGCAGGGGCGACGAUCAUCCACAUCGGGCAACUCGAAGAGUGGCAGUAGCAGCGCGCGCAAGCUGCACUCGCCAAGCAGUGCAUGCUCCCCGAACAAUGCAAGCCGCACGCCUCGCGAUGGGUCACACUCCACGACCAACGGGAUGUCGCAGCCGCAGCAGGAGUCAAAGCAAUCGCAGCCGCACCAAAAGCAUCCCGGGACACCACGAAAACAAGCGGCCGCGUUACGUGAUCAGCGCGAGCGGCUUCUCGAUGAUGUGGUGAACAUGGUUGUUCUGAACCAAAGCCGUCGCGGACAGUGCUUCAAAGUACAACAGGAAGAAGAUCGCAAGCGCCGCGCUCAGCGUCAGCGCGUCCUUGCGCAAAGUGCCUUGUCGCAGACGACUGCUGCGGGAGCGGUGCAGCAACGCAUGAUGCCCGCCGUGCUCGAGCGUCCACGUGUCAGCGUCACGGCGACAUCGUCGAACAUCACAGCCGGGGUACUUCCAGCGACUACCUACGAACCACUGCACAGCGCAACGGACCGGCGCAGCAGCACCGUUCUCACCUGCAGCAAGAAUAUGAGCGUGAGCAGCACUUCCGCCGGCCCCUCAGCGGCAGAGGCCGUGGCUGGGGCCAACCCACUCGGUACCUUCCUGCUUCCAGCGGGCGGCUGGUCGGCGCACAUGAGCGAAAGUCCGGAGCCGGUUCCACCUAGCCCGUGCAAGCGUCGCGGCGUACACAAUUGCGUGGCGCCGCCAGUUGAUGCCGCCACACCGCACUACCCUAAACCAUUCGGUAUGCCUCGCGCCCUAGCUGGCGCCACCGCCACCACCGCCGCCGCCGCCCCGCAAGUGCGUCAGGAGCGCUUUGGCGGUCGUGGAGGUCGAACGACCGCCGUCGCGCCCCUCACUCGACCUCUCCGCCCCACUGUCGGCCAAAAGUUACGCACGUCCGUCAACGUGACCGGCAACGGUGGCGUCCGUGAAGCUCCGACAGGCCCGCAGACGAAGCAAGGUGUGCCUCUGCAGUACUCGGCUCGUGGAGCCCAUGCGGCCGCUUCGCACCAGACGGUGUCGCGCGUUGUAAGCAGACCGGGCGGCGUCGCGGCCGGUGAGCACCCAUUGUCCGCCCGCGGCAAAAACCGGCUCCUCACUGCACCUCCUGCGGAAGUUCCCUCGAAGAAUGAAGCGCCGGCGUCACCGCCUCUUCCUCCUCCGCAGCAGCAUCUCGCGCCUGCUUCUCACAACCAACCGACACCGUAUGUGAAACCGCUUCCGUUGUCGGCCCUCGGCCUGCGUCAACCGUCGAUGCCCGGCUCUCCUCACGCACCGACCGCGGGAGGAAGUCCGCGCACGGCGAACAACAGCACCAGUGACGUCCAUCUUCAGAAUCCUCACGGGGCGGACGCGUCUUUGUCGAACCCACUCAACGCACAGAAGUCGUCGAAUGGCUCGUCGAACCCUCUUCCUCCCACCCCUCCGCACUUUGUUGCCGCUGCAACUACUACGACUUCAGGCGUGGUUCAACGCGGCAGUGGGAGGGACGCGCAGCGCACACCGAAUACGGCGCGUCCCCUCCCUCCGCCUCCCGCGAUGUCCCCGCGUGGGUAUCGACGGGUCUCUUCCACCGGCGUGGUACAGUCGCGGCAGACCGGCAAUACAAAUCUGUGCAGCGGCACGCGCGUUGCGACACCGCGCUUCCACAACACGGUGCCUUCUCCUGCACCGCUGAGCGGACGACGGAGUGCGGCUGGGGGAGGCGAUGCGACGCCGGCCACGACGAUGGUUCACACCCCACAUCCGCUGUUGAAUAGAACCCCCAUCAGCCUCGAGGACGACAAGGCGUUUGCUGCAGUGAACCGCAAGCCAAUGCGCCGUCUCGUGCCGGUGAAGGUCCAUGCAAACCACGGCGUGACGGACCGGGCACAGCAGACGCCGUGGGUAUCACCGAGGCCCGGUAGCGCGACACUGCAAAGCCGUUCGGCCAACGUUAUAAAAGCGCCAGGCGGGGACAAGCAAACAACGUCGUCCAACGCUGCUCGCCGGAGGAGCGCACUGCGACUAGGCAAUGUGCGACCGGUCAACGAGGCCUCACCUGGCAUUCUACUUCGCCAUAACCGACGGCCGACUGCGUGA